CGUCAGCCUGCUUCCAGCAGUCAUGGCGUCUGCCAAGGAGGGGACGGGCAAGGAGAGGCGGCCGGUGCGGCCCGUGGUGCUGGCCGUGGGCGGCCUCUGCCUGGUCGGCCUGGUGUUUGCGCUGUCCAGCAGCGGCAGCAGCGGUGCGGAUGGCGCCCAGUUCAUGCAGGCGCCGCAGCAGGCUUCAGCGCGCCAGCUGCUGCAGCCGGGUGCUCUGCAGGCUCGCAGCCGCGUGCAGCCAACCCCGGAGUGGGGGCCCCGGUGGCACGGGAGCAGCAAGCGGGGCGGCAAGUACGUGGUGACCAGCGUCAUGGGGCUGGAUCCCGAGCGCCUCAACAUCUUUGUCAAGUCGCUGCGGCGCUACUCCCCCGCCACCCGCCUGGUGGUGUUUGUGGAGGAGAACACCAAGCACCAGCUGCUGGAGGACAACGACGCAGAGGUCAUCCCCUUCAAGAUGAGCGAGGACUCGGCCCUGGUGCUCUACAGGUUUGAGCUGUACAAGCAGUACCUGGGGGAGCUGCUGGUGAGGGACCCAGAGGCCGGGGUCGUCCUCACCGACUCCCGAGACGUGCUGAUCCAGUCAGACCCCUGGGCUGACCCCUUUGUGCAGCAGCUGGUGGAUGAGGACUCGAUGCUGUUCAGCCUGGAGGGCGGGCUGGCGGUGGGGGAGGUGCCCAUCCGGGCGCAGCCCCAGAACGCCCACUGGGUGGACACGUGCUUUGGGGAGGAGGUGCUGCGCAAGGUCGGGGACGGCGCCAUCUCGUGCGCCGGCAUCACCAUCGGCAGCGUGUCGGCCGUGCACGCCUACAUCGUGCAGCUGCUGCAGACGGUGAAGUACGGCAGCGACCAGGCCACCCACAACUACAUGCUCCACUACCUGGGCCCCCGCGGCCGCCUCAAGUUCCCGUACCACAUGCGCCGCAACUGGGACUCGCCCGUACACACGGCGGGCUACGGCUGGCCCAUCGUGAUUGACAAGGACGGCGUGUACCGCCGCGUGAACGGCAGCGUACCGCCCAUUGUGCACCAGUACGACCGCGCCUUUGAGGCCACCAAGGUCUAUCUGGCCAUGUACCCGCUGCGGAGCGAGGAGUAUGUGUGGCAGGGCCCCGACUGCGUGAAGAACCUGCUCCUCGACUCCGUCAAGCAGUGCCCCCCCGAGGAUGGCAAGGGCGGGGACAAGGGCAAGGCCGAGGGCGGCAAGCCCGCGGCGCAGGCGGCGCAGGCGGACAAGGAGGCGGCGGCGGCCGAGGCUGCGAUGGAGGCUGAGGCAGCGGCAGAGGAGGCGAGAUAG